CACUCUUUUCUUUCUGUGCCUAGCUUCUGACAUCACUCCAUUGCAGUUUUUUUAACCUUCACAUCCCUCUCAUUCUCUGUCACCAAUUCUGUGUUUCUUUAUAUAUAUAUAUUUUUUUAUCUCUUAUUUAAUUUCUGGGUUUGCUAUAGGCAGUCCUUUUGUUGGGAUCUCCACAGUGGUAGCUGAGGAUGCAUGCAUCAGGAAACUAAUAAAAUCAAAUAUAAAAAAAAACAACAACCAUAUGCUUGAUUUUCUGGUCUUCUAGAACAAAAAUGAAUUAUUUUGUGCUAACAAGUAAAUAUUUUGGAUGUCACUAUUACAUGCUAAAACCCAAAAUUUUCUGUGAUAAUAUGAAUUUCAAUUUAAUUAAUUAACACUAACCGAAUACUGAAUUGUUUGUUUUUACCCAUCUUUCCAAAUUUUAUAAAUAAAUGAAAUAUAUAUGUAUUUUUUAAAAAAUAUUUGAUUCUUCUACAGAACAGCAGCUAGCCACAUAGUGCCAAAUUGUGUUCAGCUACAUAUAUAUAUACAAUCACUCUUGAUUGGCCCAUGCUGCUAUCUGUUCAGAAUUGGGGCAUUUUACAUAUAAUAAUAAUAAUACACAGUAAAAUUAAAUAUGUAUGUGCUCUAAAUUAAGGCCCAAUCCACUGCCUGCUGCAGAGAUCAUAAUAAUUAGGUGAUUCCAACCAAUGGGAAGUAGUUAAAUUCCUAUUUAAUUUUCUCAACACAAUCCAGUUUUUUGCCCCUUUUCUGUGCAAUUGAGUUGAGUCCUUGAGGGUGGCAGGUGUCCAAGUCAAGCAAUUUUCAAAACCCACUUUGAAAUUUUUGUUUUGCCUUAAGUACUUAUUAUUGCAAUCUGAAGCAUCAUGGGCAGAAGAUAGGGUUAGUUGCCUUAUUAAGGAUAUGUUGUCCUUUUGGUUUGGAUGGGGUUUAGUGGGUCAUAAUUGAAGUAGUAAGGGAAAGCUUUGUUAAGGGGAAUCUUUUGCUAAUACUGGUAAUGAAAUGUUGGGGGAAGAAGAAGAAAAGGCUUAUCUCUUCCACAUUAGUGUUUAUCCGUUCUAUAGGCUAUAAUUAGCUAGGCCAAUAGAGAUUAGAGAGAAGUCCAAAUUUGUGAAUAUGUGUUUAGUGCAGCUGUUGAGAGUAAAUUCACUAGCCAGAUGGUUAAUGAGGAAUACCAAAGAUUAGAGUUCGUUUUGAGUAGAUCGGGAUAGGAGUUUGGGAGAAAUGUUUAAGCGGAUGUGGUUGAUUAUCGUUGUUUGUUGGUGUUGGAUAUGCCGACUAUCUUUAUCUAGUAAUAAAUUUGAGAAAAUGGUAGAUAUAUAUAUAUAUAUAUGUACGUGGUUUGAUCAUUUUUGGUGAUGAUUAUCCUUUAAGAAAAUGGGUGUAUAUAUAUGACCUUGCUGUUUCGACCAAGGCAAUUAACUUCGAUUGAUAACAAGAAUGUUUGGAGACACGCGGAUUCGAACUCUUUUGUUCGUUCGAUCUUCUUGGAUUUGGAGGAUUCCUAUGGAGAGGCGCAAGGUGGCUCCGUUAUCUAUAUUUCAGCGUUCAAGUUAGUACGAUAUAAGAGAUGUUUUUAUGUGAUUGUAAAGAGAACCACAGAAAGAUCGAUAAGGUAUAGAGAGAACCAUCUAUGCUUGAAAGUGUGGUAAGGAGAGGAGACUUUAAACCACCAGUGCAAACUUUAAACGCAUGGAUUGGUUUUCGUUCCGAGUUAUUUGAAUCAACAGGUUAUUGAGAGCGGGAAGGAUAGUUUGUGGCGGAGGCUAGGAAAGGUACGUACCUGGGAAAAGAGGAUUGGCAGCUGAUGAAAGGGAAAUAUGGCUGGUCGUGAGAGAUGUUACCCCCUGAAAAAAGCAGUAAAUUCAUUUUGCCACUUUCUCCAUUGGCAGUGGUGGUGGAGAGGGUAAAAGUGAAAGGCAAAUGGUGAAAGUCACGUCGCUUUUACAUGGGAUGAUUAUGAUGCAUAUACAAAAUACAAUUUAUGAAGAAUGGUGUGUGUUUGAAUCCCCCAGAUAUGUUCAUAUAUUUUAACUUGGAGUUGAGACUACAUUUGUACAUGCGUAUGUUAUGUAACCCUAUUGGAGGUCGUAACAAUUAAGUAAAUGGUUCGAU